AUGGCCCACUGGCGAGAUGAGUACUUGGCUGCCCUGACAGUUCGAGAUCAGAGAGAGAAAGCUAAUGCUUCUCUCUACGAUGCCUAUACUCAGCUUGCAGAUCGCACCAGCAAACUGCACGCCGUAGCUGCUGCUGCAAGCACCAGCUCAACGCCCAAGCAGAGUGAUUCUCAAAGCAUUCCAGCUCCCUUGCUAGCGCCAUCCAAGAAACUAUUAGCUACCGAAUCAGGCUCUACUCCGACUGAUCUUCUUAAUACAGCCCGUGCGGAGCUGUCCGAGGCACAGCGCUCCCGCUAUGACUUGCAAGACCGCUUGAAUCGAGCAAAUAUGGAGUUAGAAAAGCUUCACAAGAGGAGCAAGCUGGAUGAUCGACGGAUCAACACUCUAGAAAGUGAGAAGGUGCAUCUUCUGCUCCGCUUGAAAGACAGAGAUGCCGAGCUGAAAGGGAAAGCCAAGCUUCUAGAGGAUUUCCAAGAUGAGAUGGCAACACUGAACCUUCAACUCAACAUGGCUGAGGAUCGGUCCAGUCGACUUAAAAAGGAGAACCAAGAUCUGGUUGAUCGCUGGAUGGCGAGAAUGGGUCAGGAAGCUGACGCCAUGAACAAGGCUUCAAAAUUUUCAUAA